AAGAAAUGUCUUGGACCGACGCGCUGGUCAUAAUCGGUGGCUUGACGUUAAUUUUCUACUCGAUGAAAGCGGCGUGGAAAUGUUGCCGCGGAUUCAGAGAGUUCAUUUUAUCGGAGUUUUGGCGAGUGGAUUUAAGGACUUACGGCCAAUGGGCAGUUGUCACAGGAGCCACGUCUGGCAUCGGGAAAGCGUAUGCCACGGAGCUGGCAAAAAGAGGCAUGGACAUUGUUUUGCUGAGCAGAUGCGACGAGAAGCUUCGACAUCUGGCCAAAGAGAUCGAGGGGCAGCACGGUCGGAAGACACGCACCGUCCGGGUGGACUUCACACGCGGCCACGACCUUUACCCUUUCAUAGCCGAGCAACUCCACGGCCUGGAGAUUGGAAUUCUGGUGAACAAUGUGGCAAUGUCCUACUCGGACGAUUUUGCCUCGUUCCUCGAAAUUCCAAAUGCGGAACAGAAAAUCACCGAAGUUCUCAACUGUAACACGCUGUCUGUUGCUCAGACGACAAGAUUAGUUCUGCCCGGCAUGCUUGAAAGAAGGACCGGGUUGAUCAUCAAUAUUUCCUCGCAAGCGGGAAUCCAUCCGCAGCCUCUGUUGGCCCUUUACUCUGCCACCAAGGCGUUUGUGAUGUAUUUCUCCCAGUGUCUGCAUGCUGAGUACAAGUCAAACGGCAUUACUGUCCAGUGCGUCGCGCCCUUCCUGGUGUCCACCAACAUGAACAAAAUGAAAAGCAGCGUCUGCGUGAAGAGCGCUGCAGCCUUCGCCCGAGAGGCCUUGAACACCGUGGGCUACUCCAGCGACACCAACGGCUGUCUGCUGCACGCGCUGCAGAGCUUCGCUGUCGGGGUGCUCGUGCCCGACUGCCUGCGUAUGUCCUCAUUCCUGGUGGCAAAGAUGCGCCACACGGCUCACCAGAGAAAAGUCCGAAGAGGAGCGGGGAAAGGGGUUCAUACAGAUUUGUAGAGGAAUAACCACUGGACUCGUGUCUCCACCUUUGAAUCAAUAAAACCAUAUACAGUACAA